UCGUUUUUUCAGUUCUUUUGAGAGCUAGGAAUAGUAAAUCAUAAUGCCACAAUCUUGUGUAGCUUACAAUUGUUACAUCAGACAUAGGAAAGGGGGAAAUUUGAAAUUUCAUACUUUUCCAAAAACAGGAUUAUUGAGGGAUAAAUGGAUAGCAGCGUUAGGAAGAGCUGAUUUUGUACCUUCUACAUAUUCAAGAAUAUGUAGCAAACAUUUUCAUGAGAAUGAUUAUGAGAUAAACGCUCAUGGAAAAAAAGUUUUGAAGAAGGAUGCAAUUCCUUCUAAAUUUUGCUUUGUAAAUAGCAUUGCAAGAUCCUCAGAUGCAAAUGUAUAA